AUGCUUGCCCUCAAAACUUACGGCUUGGCGACAGCAUCGCGCUCUGGCAGUGAAAGUAGGAAUACCACUGAUCGAGUGAAUCCUCCACGAUUAUGUGUUGGUGGCGGCUUGCCUGCCGCGCGCGAGAUCCGGUCGUUAAGCAAGUUGGAAAUUUUGACUCGUACACCAGGUCACCCACUCUACCGCACUACAUCAACCUGUGACUAUGGCCGUUAUCUAGACUUUGAGGAUGUAGCACUCAGUUGUCCGAAAUACAGCCGGCCUGCAGGCUUUACGAAAGACUUUAUUGCUGGUAAUUAUACCGAUAGCAGUCUUUUGUCACUUGACAACCGUAAGCGACGUGCUGAACAAUGGCAGGAAAAGAUAGCGGUACGCUGCUUACAAAUGCAAGUAAAACAUGCAGAACUGCAGCGCACUGUUGAGGAAAGGAAGGAAAUUCGUCGUGUUGAUAGGGAAAAGCGACGGCUUGAAAUGAAGAUGUUUCGAAAGGCUGUGGUCCAACUUCAGGCUAGAAUGCGAGGAUAUCUCACACGUUAUUCUCUUGCGAUAAAGAAGCAGCAACGCAAUCACGAAGCGGCGUUGAUUAUCCAGCGAGCAACUCGAUCACAUGCACGAGUUCGUGUUGCGAAGGAAGUGGUGGAAGCAAGACGACUGAGAAAACGUAUGGGGUAUGUGACCAAGAUUGAGCAAUGUUAUCUCAACUAUCUUUCUCGUCGACGCGCUACGGAAUAUUUGCUCAAAUUGCAAGAGGUUAAAUGCCAACAAAGAGUGCUCAAGCUGGAGGCUGAGGCGAGAAAACAACGCCGGCGUUGGGAUGCUGCGACGCAGAUUCAGCGUCUGGCACGAGAAUACUUGGCUCGGAAAGAUAUAUGCCGUCAGGCUUCCAGUGCCUCAAGUAUGAAAGCUGAAAAGGCUAUAAAGGAUGCACUUCUAUCUGUAAACAUUCGCAGUCGCAGUCGUAGAGCGAGCCGCGUGGUUGCACAGAUGCAGCAAGUGCGACGCAAGCAAACUAAGGCGACUGACCGCUUUGCUUGUCUUUUGUCGAAAUAA